UUUAAACAUUCACCUACAUUCAUUGAAUAAUCUAUGGAAAGAGCAGUAGCCAAGGAUUUUUGUGAUAACGUUUUAUAAACAUUUACACUCGGUUAAAAUAUACAACUUAUUCCUAUCUCAUUUGUGAUCUCGCCAAGGAUUUCACGCUAGAUGAAGUGUCAUUAAACGCGAAUACAUACGAAACGACACGACGUGUUCGGCCAAAAAAUGGCAUUAAUCAGGAGAGCUUCUCACGCUGGUAGUUGGUACUCGGACAAUGGUUCAGAACUGAGUAAACAGUUGGAAGGUUGGUUAAGCGCCGCUGAUUUAUCCCAUGGACCCGCAAGAGCCAUCAUUGCCCCUCAUGCAGGAUACAGCUAUUGUGGGGCAUGUGCUGGUUUUGCUUACCGACAAAUUAGUCCUGUAGUUGUCCGUAGGAUAUUUAUUCUAGGGCCUUCUCAUCAUGUGAGAUUACCAGGUUGUGCCCUAUCUUCGGCUUCCAUUUACCGAACACCGUUAUAUGAUCUACUUAUUGAUCAACAAGUGAGAAGAGAACUUGAAGAAACUGGUCAUUUUGAAUGCAUGGAUUUGAACACAGAUGAAGAAGAGCAUAGCAUUGAGAUGCAGUUGCCGUUUAUUGCUAAAGUUAUGGAAGGAUUCAAGGACUCAUUUACUAUAAUCCCAAUUUUGGUGGGAUCUUUGAGUCCGGAAAGAGAGGCUCUUUACGGGAGAUUGUUAGCGCCCUACAUGGCUGAUCCGCAAACAUUGUUCGUCAUUUCUUCAGAUUUCUGUCACUGGGGACAACGUUUUCGCUAUACUUACUAUGAUAGAUCAUGUGGACCUAUACAUAGAUCUAUUCAAAAUCUCGACAAAAUGGGUAUGGACAUUAUAGAGACUUUGAAUCCUCUAAUGUUCACCGAAUAUCUUAAGAAAUAUGGCAAUACUAUAUGUGGCCGACAUCCAAUUGGCGUUUUGUUGCAGGCAAUUCACAGUCUUAAAGGAAAUACAAAUGGUCAAAGAAUGAAUCUAAAAUUUUUGAAAUAUGCUCAAAGUAGUCAAUGUAACAAUAUGAAUGACAGUUCUGUCAGUUAUGCUAGUGCUUCCUUAGUUCUUGAGUGAUAAAACUGUACACAAUAUCAAAUACGGUCAUUGGUCAGUUCACUGAUUAUAGACAUUUUCUUAAAGUGGAAUGAUGUUUAACAA